AAUAUAAUUUAUCAUUUCCAAUUCUAAUAAUAUGACUUGCGAGACUAAAAAAUGGUUGAUUUUGAAUCUUUUUCUCUUGGCUGCAAGCUAUAUGCAGCGUUCUUGUGCCCACGGAGAAUCACCUCAAGUGAAAUGCAUUUUCGUAUUUAGUGACUCCUUCUCUGACAAUGGAAACAACAACAAUCUUAACACCCAAGCAAAAGCUAACUACAAGCCAUAUGGCAUCGACUUUCCAACUGGUGCAACCGGACGAUUUACCAAUGGACUAACAACAAUUGAUUAUACUGGUCAAUUACUCGGAGUCAAGGAUUUCAUCCCACCUUUCGCAAACAUGGGUGACUCAGACAUACUCAAGGGUGUUAAUUAUGCAUCUGGUUCAGGAGGAAUUCGCGAUGAGUCUGGCAAACAAUUGGGUGAUCGAAUCCCUUUGAGACAACAGAUAAAAAAUCACAAGACCAUAGUUUCCCAAAUAGGAAAAGAGCUUGGAGGUGUGUCUCAAGCUAAAAACUAUCUGAAGAAGUGCCUAUAUUAUGUGAAUAUUGGCAGCAACGAUUACCUAAACAAUUACUUCAUGCCCAAAAUAUACCCAACAAGUCGCAUUUAUAACCCUGAACAGUAUGCUGAAGUUCUUAUUAACCAAUAUUCUCUUGAUUUAAAGGAUUUGUAUGUUAAUGGAGCAAGAAAAUUCAUACUAGUUGGGUUGGGCCUAUUAGGUUGCCUUCCAAACAACAUAGCUAAGAAUGGAAAUAAUGGAUCAUGUGUUGAAAGUCAGAAUGCGGCUGCAUUAAUAUUCAGUCAGAAGCUUAGAUCUCUAGUGGAUAAAUUCAAUGCCAAACUUCCUAAUUCCAGAUCUAUCUUUGUAAAUAGUACUGCUGGUCCAGUACAAAGCACACCAGCUUUUACUUUUACAAAAACUCCUUGUUGUCCAACAAGGCCUGAUGGGAUGUGUAUUCCUGGUUUAAAACCAUGUCCUAAUAGAGAUGAUUAUGUUUUUUAUGAUGGAAUUCAUCCCUCAUCAGCUUAUAACAAAUUCACAGCAUUAACUUCAUAUGAUAGUUCUAUUAGUCCAGACACAACUCAUCCAAUGGAUAUCAAACAACUUGCUCAAUAUCCUAUAAACUAGUGCAAGUCACAAUGGAGUCCUAAAAUAAGCUCAUUUAAUUUGCAUUGAAGAACAAUAAAUUCAGCUUAUUAUGUAUAAGCAAUAUAAAUGUAUUAGCUAUAAGCAAUUAGUGUUGAGCAGAAUAAGUUAGGACAGUUGUUAUAAUCCGUGAUUGGAAUAAUGUUAUAUACGUUAAUAUAUUUGUUUUCAA